AUGUCCGCAGGGAGCGAGUGUCUAGCCCUUCAAUUGAGGGUCCGAUCAGCUUAUCUACGUCGAGACGAGCAUAGUUGGGAUCGUCAGGUACGUGGCCCUGAUUCACAGGCCACGCCCUCAGCUGCUGGUGUUGAGCCCAUUCACUCGUCGAGGAGGCGAAUCUGCCAGCCACCGCGCCGGCAGCGCGACGGCAGCGCGACGGCAGCGCGACGGCCUUCCUCUCCAGAUCUACGUCUGCCUUUCGCGAUCACCCACCUCCGCAAUCUAUACCCCGCCCAUCUCACCGACAGCAGUAUGCAGCUCUUCAAAGCGGCCAAAGCUUUUGACGGUGCUGAGACGCUGGUGGAGGAGGGCAGAAUGCUGCGGGGUGUCACGCUUGUUGAGAAGGCUCGCCGGGUUCCGUGCCUGGCGCCGGGGUUUGCGGAGAAGGGCUGCAGUUCGCUGAAGCUCGAAACGUUCGACGUUGAAGCUACAUCCCCAUCGACUCAAGCCGGCAUCCCUGCUGUCGUUGAGAGGCUUCGGGGGCAGCUCGAUGCCUGGAAGAAGGACCCAAAUCAGAAGGCUACGGAGGCUAUACCCAAGAUCCAGAAGAAGCUGCCCACUGCUCAGGAGCCUGCCCAGGACGUCGGCCACGUCGAACCCACUGAAGACAAUGCGCAGCAUCCAGUCUCUCCAUUCACACCCCCUACCCACAAGCAUAUCCAGAAGGACACCGACAGCUUCGAAGCUGCAGGAGGCCAAGCAGAGCGUGAAAGCAAGGACAUUGAUCAGAAGAGGAACUUCGCCCAGAACAAGGACAAAUGCUGUAAGAUCGCGCGAUACCAGACAGAGCGUGAUGGCAAAGACACAGCUCGGAAUAAUAGAGCCUCAGCGAAGGGCAUCAUUCGCCUUGAAGCCGCGAAAGACCGAGCAGACUAUAACGGCGAAGGCACUGCUCAGAACAAGGCUACCAAGAAGCACAUCAGCCAUCUUGAAGUCGCAGAGAAUCACGUAGAGCAUGGCGGCAGACUUACCGCUCAGGAAAAGAAGAAGGCUGCUCAAGAGGACGAGCAGCUCGAUGUCGCAGAAGAUCAAGCAGAGCAUGGCGCAAAAGCCCCAACUCCUACCUUGAGUACACCACUUACUCCUUCAAAUCCUCAUCCUGCUCCCGACUCAAGACGCCAUGGUAUCUCCUCAGGCCCCUCCGCCACUACCUCAAAGCCUGCCCAGAGGAACCAAACCGACAACGGUGGCCAUGGAGAGCAGAAGCUCAGCCUCUUGAGUCUCGGACUCCGAGCAAGUGGAGAAGCUCUCAUGAAGAACGCACCACACAGGCCACGAGAGCCACCAGCGGUAUCUCGAGGAGCCCAGCCACACGUAGCGCCAAGUCUUUCCCCUGAGAGCUGGGUGCUCGAACCAGCUCGUCCCCCUGUCAUUGCGAGAUCCAAGCUCAAGAUGCCUCACAUCGAGUACGAGUACGACGAGGAUGGUAUGGUAAUGGGCUCGGAGCUCGUAGACAAAGUCAUCGAGGUGUACAUGCGCGUGAAGCCAGAUUGGGGCAUCGACGACACGCCCCCACCGCUGUCGUGGAAGCAAAUGGUCUCCAAGAUCUUGACACCUACUCGAGUUUGGGAUGCUGAGACAGCGCAGCGCCAGAGUAUGUGGAAGCUCCAGUGGCAGACCCAGAUCGUGAUGAUGGAUCAAUCGCACCGUAACGUCCUUGCUUUUGAAGCUCGUAAGGAGAUAUAUCAGGCCAAUGUGCGGGAAGAAGAAGAGCUCUGCCAGUACAAGGCGGAGCACGAAGCCAGACUCCGGUACAUCAUGUUCGUCGAGGCUCCGAAGUUCUGGGAGCAGCUUGGGGUUUGA